AUGGGCAGGAAGCUGGACCUCUCCAAGCUCACCGAUGAAGAAGCCAAGCAUGUUUGGGAAGUCGUUCAGCGGGACUUUGAUCUGCGGAAAAAAGAGGAGGAACGGCUGGAGGAGCUGAAAUGCAAGAUUGACCAGGAGAGCAGCAAGAGAGAGUUCCUGACCAAUCAGUCCCACCUCAAUGAAACUCACUGUGUGCACUGCCUGCAGCCCUUCAAGUUCCUGCUGAACAGCAAACGGCAGUGCCUGGACUGCCACUUCUACACCUGCAAGAACUGCAGCCGCUACAACAAGAAGGAGCAGGGCUGGGUCUGCGAUCCCUGCCGCCUCUCCAGGAUUGUGAAGAUCGGCUCCCUGGACUGGUACUACGAACACGUGCGCUCCCGCUUCAAGAGGUUUGGAAGUGCCAAAGUGCUGCAGUCCCUCUAUGGCAGGCUGCAGCCAAGCCAGGGGCUCAACUCUGCCUUUCUGGGUCUUCAUGACAGAGUUUAUAGCCUGCCAGACAUUAACAGAGAGUGCCAGCUGCUCACCAGCUGUGACGCCAGGGAUGACAGUGAUGAGGAGGACAAUGUCCUUCGUGGAGCUGAAGCAGAGCACUACAGCAGAAUGUGCAAGACAAAGCGGCUGCUGUCUGUGCAUCCCUUUGAUUUUGAGCUGGACUCGGAUUACUCUGCUCAGUCUCGCCGCCAGUCUGUGCAGCUCUCUCCAGCAGCCAGCAGCCCGGAUGCUUUCCAGUCCUUCCCAGAUUUCCCCAACUCAGCUGAAGAUGGCUCCCAGGAGUCCAGGAUCACGGAUGCAGACCUGGUGUUCCACCAUGUCCUGCAGGAGCCAGGGGUGAGCACUCCAGAGCAGCAUUUCAGCACAGAGGUUCGGCUCACCCUCAACGCACGGAGGAGGAGCCUGGAAAGGAGCCCAAAGCCUGGCAUCCCCUGGAGCGAGCCACCCCGGGCCCGGUACUCAGCAGAUAUGGACACCUCUGAUGAGGAUGUGAAGGGAGCCCAGCUCCCAGCCUACCCACCCCACAUGAAACGCAGGAACAGAGCCUCCUCCCAGGAGAACAUCAGCCACUCCUCAAACCAGAUCCAUGAGCUCAACACUCGCAUGUCUGCAAUUGAACGCGUGCUGAACCGCUUGGAGGAAAAAAUCCUGAUGCGAUCUCAUGAGUCUCCAGCCCCAGAGUCCCACACUGAUCCUGAUGCUGAGGAGGAGGAAUUGAAGAAAAAGCUGGAGGAGCUAGCCAGCAACGUCAGUGAUAAAGAAGUCUCUUCUGAUGAGGAGGAGCGUGAAGAAGAGAAGAGAGCAAAGAAACCAGAGAUGAGUUCCUGCAGUGAUGGCAUGGCCAGAGAUGUUCGAAAGAGGUCGUCGGCUCAGGCUUUGAGUGAGAUCACGGCCAAAGUGCUGAGAGCCAUAAACGCCACGGAGGAAGCAGUGUGGGAGUCCUUGAAUGGAGAGAGCCAGGGCUGUGCCCUCCCUGCAGGGCAGCUUCCAGGCCUGGCAGAUGGGAGAGAGGUGGCUGAAGUGUACCGGGAGCUUGAGGAAAAUGUGUACCUGACUGCUGGGAAGACCUACCAGCUUGAGAAGACCCUGAAGGAGCUUGAGGAAGGGGCUCAGCACAGUGGCACUACAGACUCAGAGCUGUCAGAGCUGGAGGACAAAGUGGCCUCAGCAGCUGCUCAGGUGCAGCAGGCAGAGAGCGAGAUAUCAGAUAUUGAAUCCCGAAUUGCAGCUCUGUCUGCUGCAGGGCUGACAGUGAAGUCUGUGGAAAAGGCAAAGAAGAAGUCGAGUGUGCAGGCUGCCUGUCUCCAUUCUCCUGGCCCUGCCAGCAGCAGUCCUGGGGAGUCUUUGGAUGACAUCAAAGCAAUGCCUGGACUGCAGAGGUUCAGGAGGAAGUUCAACAGCCCCCUGGAAAUCACCAAGUCCCCUUCCCUGUGCUCACAGCCUGCUGGUUUUGACGACUCCUUUGACCGGAACUCCGUGUACCGUGGCUCGUUGACUCAGAGGAAUCCCAACGGGAAGAACAGGAGGGUGGAGCGGCUCUUUGCGAAGCCUGUGAUGACCCACCUGUCCUGA